AUGUCUGCUCUGACGCCUCAAAGCGACAUGCCAACCCCCACCACAGACAAGAUCACUCAGGCUGCCAUGGAGACCAUCUAUCUUUGCAAAUUCCGCGUGUCCAUGGAUGGAGAGUGGCUGUGCUUGCGCGAGCUGGAUGACAUCUCGCUGACACCCGACCCCGAGCCGACCCACGAAGACCCGAAUUACCUCAUGGCUAACGAGCGCAUGAACCUGAUGAACAUGGCCAAGCUGAGCAUCAAGGGGCUCAUCGAGUCCGCGCUCAACCUGGGCCGCACGCUGGACUCGGACUAUGCCCCUCUGCAGCAGUUCUUCGUGGUGAUGGAGCACUGCCUCAAGCACGGCCUCAAAGCUAAAAAGACUUUUCUUGGGCAAAAUAAGUCGUUUUGGGGACCUCUAGAAUUAGUAGAAAAACUUGUUCCUGAAGCUGCUGAGAUUACAGCAAGUGUUAAGGACCUCCCAGGGCUGAAGACACCUGUGGGCAGAGGACGAGCUUGGCUUCGUCUCGCUCUGAUGCAGAAGAAACUUUCAGAGUACAUGAAAGCCUUGAUUAAUAGAAAGGAUCUUCUCAGUGAGUUUUACGAGCCCAACGCACUGAUGAUGGAAGAGGAGGGUGCCAUCAUUGCUGGCCUCCUCGUAGGUCUGAACGUCAUCGAUGCCAACUUCUGCAUGAAGGGAGAGGACCUGGACUCCCAGGUUGGAGUUAUCGAUUUCUCCAUGUAUUUGAAAGAUGGGAACAGCACGAAGGGCAGCGAAGGAGAUGGUCAGAUAACUGCCAUUUUGGACCAGAAGAACUAUGUAGAAGAACUCAAUAGACAUCUAAGUGCUACAGUGAACAACCUGCAGGCCAAGGUGGAUGCCUUGGAGAAAUCCAACACAAAGCUGACCGAGGAGCUUGCAGUUGCCAACAACAGGAUCAUUACACUGCAGGAAGAGAUGGAGCGGGUUAAGGAAGAGAGCUCCUACAUCCUGGAGUCCAGUCGUAAGGUUGGUGCCACCAAGGACAGAACUGCUGAUGGGCAGGCACUGACUGAGGCACGGAAGCAGCUGAAGGAGGAGACUCAGCUGCGCCUGGAUGUGGAGAAGGAGCUGGAGGCGCAGAUCGGGAUGCGGCAGGAGAUGGAGCUGGCCAUGAAGAUGCUGGAGAAGGAUGUCUGUGAAAAGCAGGAUGCACUGGUGGCACUCAGACAGCAGCUGGAUGAUCUCAGAGCUCUAAAGCAUGAACUGUCUUUCAAGCUGCAGACUUCAGACAUGGGAGUGAAACAGAAGAGUGAAUUAAACAGCCGCUUGGAAGAAAAAACAAAUCAGAUGGCUGCCACCAUCAAACAGCUGGAACAAAGAUUGCGACAGGCAGAGAAGGAGCGGCAGCUGGCCCAGCAGGACAACCGGCUCUUCAAGCAGGAGUUUGGGGACAAAAUCAACAGCCUCCAGCUGCAAGUGGAAGAGCUCUCCAGGCAGCGGAGCCACCUAGAACUGGAGCUAAGGCGGGAAAGAGACAGAUGGUCUCAAAGUCACCAGCGCUGCCAAGAAAGCAAAAAAGGCCCAAAGAAUUGGCUCAGACAGGAUGGGAAGCCCAAAACACAGGAAGAAAAUGCUAAACUGAAGGAGCCGCUGAGAGGGAACAGUGUCCUGCCACACAGGUCACCCAGUGGCACGCAGGAAGAGCAGGAGCAGCUGCCGGGGCCUGGGCAUGCCGAGAUCUGCCAGCUCUGCCAGGAGGAGGCCAGCCGGAGCCAAAGAAAGAACAUUUGCAAGAACUGCGGGGGCACCUUCUGUGAAGCCUGCUCGGUGCACGAGCUGCCCCUCCCGUCCAGCAUCAACCCCGAGCGCGUCUGCAACCCCUGCCACCAGCGGCUCAUCCAGCAGUAUUCCAGCAGCCCCUUGUAGGGAAACGGGUGGCACAGAGGUGACCAACAGCAGUUGGAGCUGAAGGUGUUG